CGGUGCUGGCCCUGGCCCGGAGGGCGGUGCGGUGCUCCACUGAUCGGAGCGGAGUGGCGGAGGAGGAAGCGGAGAAUGGCAGCGGAGCGGGUCGGCAGGAAGGGACACAGCCCCCGGGAGCCCGGCGUGGCUCUGCAGCGGCGACAGGCCCGGGUCACUGCGCGCUACGAUCGCAGCGAGCUGCAGAGGCGGCUGGACGUGGAGCGGUGGAUGGAGGAUCGGGUCCGGGAGCUGUACGGCGAGCAGGCAGACAAGAUGCCAGAGGAGGUGAACAUCGACGAUCUGUUGGAACUACAGAGUGAUGAGGAGCGAGGAAAUUAUCUGCAGAUUAUGUUUACCUCCUGCGGCCAAAACACAGAUGAAUUCAUCAGGGAGCUGGUGGCGAAACUCCAGGGACUCCACAAGGUGCAGGUGCAGCGAGGGGGGCAGGAGGAAGGCAAGCACCAUUGAGACCCCCCCCCCAUUCACUCUGUCCGCCCACGUUCGGACCUCUCCCAGAGUCAGUCACCCCCGAGACUGCCCUUGGAUUCGACAACUCCCACCGGUGCAGGAUAAGCUUUUAAAGGAAAUUACCUUGCCAAAUAUAUUACGUUUUGUUUGAUGCUGUUUUAAUAUUCGGAUUAAAGUUUACGAUGACUCUGUGACUAUGUUUUACAUUGUAACCACGGUCCCAGCUUGUGUUUGUACAAUGUACUGCCGAUUCAGCCAGACAGGUUCAGAAUCGGAACUGAGUUUAGUGUUGCCGGAAUGUGACGUGAAGUUUCUUGUUAUGCAUCAGCAGUACAUUGCGAUAUGUAAUAAUAAUAGUUGUAAAUUACAGUAAGUAUAUAUAUUAAAAAAGUUAAAUUAAAUAAGUAGUGCAAAAAAGAGGGGAAAAAAAGUAGUGAGGUAGUGUUCUUGGAUUCAAUGUCUGUUCAGAAAUUGAAUGUUUCUGAAUCGCUGAGUGUGUGUCUUCAGGCUCCUGUACCUCCUCCCUGAUGGCAGAGGGGAAGAAGCUGUUCCUGAAUCACUGAGAGUGUGUCUUCAGGCUCCUGUACCUCCUCCCUGAUGGCAGAGGAGAAGAAGCUGUUCCUGAAUCACUGAGUGUGUGUCUUCAGGCUCCUGUACCUCCUCCCUGAUGGCAGAGGGGAAGAAGCUGUUCCUGAAUCACUGAGUGUGUGUCUUCAGGCUCCUGUACCUCCUCCCUGAUGGCAGAGGGGAAGAAGCUGUUCCUGAAUCACUGAGUGUGUGUCUUCAGGCUCCUGUACCUCCUCCCUGAUGGCAGAGGGGAAGAAGCUGUUCCUGAAUCACUGAGUGUGUGUCUUCAGGCUCCUGUACCUCCUCCCUGAUGGCAGAGGGGGAGAGGGAAUGUCCUGGGUGCUGGGGGUUCUUAGUCCCUUCAGAGCCAUCACUCCUUGAAGGUGCCCGGGAUGCUAGGGAGGCUAGUGCCCACGAUGGGGCUAAGUUUACAGUGGCACCACCCCUCCCGGCUCCCCUAUACCAGAGGGUGAUGCAGCCCAUUAGAAUGCUCUCCACGGUACAUCUGGAGAAAUUUGCAAGUGCAUUUGGUGACACACCAAAUCUGCUCAAACUCCUAAUAGUUAUAGCUGCUGUGCCUUCUCUGCAGCUGCAUCAAUAUACUGGGCCCAGGUUAGAUCCUCACAGAUACUGACACCCAGGACCUUGAAAGCAUUUCAGUUCCCAGCCUUCCAGUAAACCUUGCGUCUGGUUUGUCCCUCUGCUCCCGUGCCCGUCACCCUGCAGUUCUCGAGUGAAAACAGACAUUUCAGCAACAAUCAGAGCAGAUGUUUGUCCGAACCUGUCGGACGAAUUGAAAUGGGAACAGACGAAAAAAAUCACCCCUCCCUGAUUCAGGACUAAUAGCCAAUUUGUGUCUGGGGGGGGCCAUUCACUAACUGUGUUACGUGGCCGUUGGGCGGGGAGGUUGGAGGGCUACAAAGCAUGAAUCGGCCUUGUUCCUGCUCUGUGCGGUUCACACACUGCCGCCAGCAGUGGUGGGUUCCAUUCAUCAGUCACCAAGGAGCCAAUGGCGGUGAAGCAGUUAAGGCCCUGGGCCACCAGUCCGAGGCAAGAGUUGAAAUCCCACCCAUGCCAGCUGUAAAAUGUAAACUCCUGUAAUUAAAUAAAUCUAGAAUUUUGAAGUCUUAACGGUAAUGAAUAAACUGCCUAACCACA